AUGUUUGCCAUUAGUGAGAUAAACAGAAAUCCUCAUUUAUUACCAAACCUCACAAUGGGAUAUAUUAUGUAUGAUUCUUGUUAUUCAGAAAUGAGAGCUCUAGAGGUCACUAUGAGGCUGUUAUCUGGAGAGAAAAUGGUUCCAAACUAUCAAUGUGGAAAAGAAUUAUGGCCUUGUGCCAUCAUUGGUGACUCACCAUCAACGUCUUCUGUCACAAUGGCCAGGCUUUUAGGAAUCUAUAUGUUCCCACAGGUAAGUUAUGGUUCCAUGCUGCCUGUCCUAAGUGACAAGCAACAAUUCCCUUCCUUUCUUCGUACAAUAAGUAACUUCACUGUUCAAAUUGUUGGUAUCUCUCAGCUGAUGAGACAUUUUGGCUGGACAUGGAUCGGCAUUCUAGCCUCUGAUAAUGACAUUGGCAGAGAAGGUAGCCAGGGCUUGUUGCAAGAACUCACUAAAAGAGGUCGUUGUGUAGCUUUGCUGGAAAUACUACCUGCUUACAAUUCUAUGAGUCAACUACGACAGAUUGCUGAGAAAAUCAAGGCAUCACAAGUGAAAGUAAUAAUUGUCUAUUCCACACAGAUGUACCUGAUACAAUUAAUGGAGGAAAUCUCAAUGCAAAACAUAAGCAAUAAAGUUUGGAUUGCUCCAACCCACUGGAGAAAUUCUUUAGUGUUCCAUAUCAAGGACAACUGGAGGACUUUAAAUGGUACCUUAGGUUUUACAAACUACAAUCCAGAAAUUCCUGGUUUCCAUAAUUUUUUGUAUAGCAUUCUUCCUUCUUUUUCUGCCAAUGAUGUUUUUCUCAGUCUUUUCUGGGAGAUAUUGUUUCAUUGUAAAUGGGUGGAUGACCCUUCCACCAAUGUAUCUGUACUGGGUAACACAACCACAGCACUUUGCACAGGUAGUGAAAGCAUGAAAAACAUGGAUAUAUCUGUAUAUGAAUCAUAUAAUUUCCCGGAAGCCAUUACCGCGUAUAAUGCUGUAUAUGUUUUGGCAUGUGCACUACAUGACAUGUUAUCAUGCGAUAUAAUCAACAUUGUAUCAAAGAACAUAUCUUGUGGUGGUAUUUCAAAUAUUCAGCCAUGGCAGCUUCUCAACUUUAUCAAGACUGUCCAUUUUGUGAAUACAGUAGGCCAAGAAGUGCAUUUUGAUAUCAAUGGUGAUAUGCCAACAUUAUACGACAUUCAGAAUUUUCAGUUUUUCCUGAAUGGUACAAGCAAAAUUGUAAAAAUAGGCAUCUUUAUGCCAUGGGCACCCACAGAUCAGCAGAUUCAAAUAGAUACAAAAAUCAUUUUGUGGAACUAUGGUGGUACUGAGGUCCCAAGUGCUGUGUGCAGUGAAAGCUGCAGUCCAGGAUACAGGAAAGCUGCUCGGAUGGGACAGCCCAUUUGCUGCUUUGACUGCAUCCCAUGUUCUGAGGGGAAAUUUUCAAACCAGACUGACAGUAAUGACUGUAAGGAUUGUCCAGAUGAACAAUGGCCAAAUUAUGAACGUGAGAAAUGUAUCCCCAAAACCAUUGAGUUCUUGUCUUAUGGGGAGCUUCUGGGGACAUCUUUAGCUGUUAUCAGUAUUGCAUGCUCCAUCAUCACUGCUUCUUCUCUCUACAUCUUUAUCAAGUUUCGUGAUACUCCAAUUAUCAAGGCCAACAACCGAGAGCUGAGCUAUUUGCUGUUGCUUGCCCUCUUUUUCUGUUUUCUCUGCUCCUUGUUAUUUAUUGGACAUCCUAACACAGUAACCUGCAUAAUACGGCAAGUCACUUUUGGUGUUAUUUUUUCUUUCAGUGUCUCCUGCAUAAUGGCAAAAACAAUCACAGUCAUUGUUGCUUUCACUGCUACCAAACCCAACAGCUCCAUGAAGAAGUGGAUUGGACCUAAAACACCAGGUUUACUGAUUGUCUUCUGCUCUGUAGGCCAGGUUUUAAUAUGCACUGCUUGGCUCUCUAUCCAGCCACCCUUUCCCAAUGACAAUAUGAAGAUCAAACCUGGAAAAAUAAUAGUGGAAUGCCAGGAAGGGUCAAAUGUAGCAUUUGCUUCUAUGCUGGGAUACAUGGGCUUUUUAGCAAUGCUGAGCUUUAUAAUAGCAUUCUUAGCAAGGAAGCUGCCAGAUACAUUCAACGAAGCCCAAAUGAUCACAACUAGCAUGUGCAUUUUCCUUAGUGUUUGGACAUCUUUCAUCCCUGCUUACCUGAGCACACAAGGAAAGUACAUGGUUGCUGUGGAAGUUUUUGCUAUUUUAGCAUCAAGUGCUGGAUUACUGUUUUCAAUAUUUUUCCCCAAAUGCUACAUUGUGCUCCUAAGGCCUGAGAAGAACACCAGGAAACACAUGACUGGAAAGGCGAGCACCACUGCAAAAUGA